GUCUCGUUUAGGAGCUGAUCAUGAAACCUGCUCAAAUGUUUUAAAUGAUAUUCACAGAGCUUCAGAAGCAGACAGAAGAAUAAAGAGAGAACAGAUAAAGAGCAACAUCAGAAUAAUAAGAUUCAAAGUGAACCCAACAUGACAGAAUCAAAUAUAAAGCUGAAGAGAAACACACGAGCUGCAUGUCAUGAGACAAUAAAGCAAAGUGAAGAAUAAUAAAGAGAAACUUCUGCAGACAUGUUUCUGUCUCGAUGAGGAGAAAAAGCAACUGAAAGCUUUCAGUCACAGGUUGGUUUCUGGUUUUCCGACCUGCCAUCUUCUUCCAUUUUACAGUCUCAUUUAUAUCCUGACGCUCCGCCUCUUUAUGUACAGUCUCUUGUCUCCAUGUAACGAGGUGAUGUCGUCAUUAAAUCCCUAAAUCUGAGUGAGAUGACGUCUUCAGCCCCAGGAAACUUUGAUCCUGGAGUUUAAAAUGAAGUUCAGAAGAAAUCCUCGGUUCACGGCUUCAUUGCUGAUUUUUAUGAUGAAUAUAUUCCUAAGUCAAACCCUCACCUGCCAUUGGACAGAAUAUGUGUUUGGAAACGAGUGCUGUCCCAUGUGUCCCAGCGGGAAUCGAGUAAAAACAGACUGUGAGGAGGACAAAAGUACGUCCUGUCAGCCGUGCACAGAGGGGACUUUCAUGAAUAAAAUGAACGGACUAAAAAAAUGUUUGUCCUGCAGAGAAUGUGGAGCAAGUAAAUUAAUGUUUAUGUUGUUUUUAUUAACUUUCAGAUUCAUCAUGUUGCUGUUUAGUCUUAAAGCAGUCGAGUAUGUCUGUAUUUAUCUUUGUGUUGACAGUUCUGGUCUGAAGAUGAAGACGUCGUGUACGAUACGAUCAGACACAGUUUGUGAACCUCUGGAAGGAUUUUACUGCUCAGAGUUUACAGGGUACGACUGUGUUGAAGCAAAGAAACACAGACGCUGUGAACCAGGAGAAUACAUAAGUCAGAAAGGAACUUCCUCCACAGACACCGUGUGCUCCACCUGCUCUGAUGGAACAUUUUCAAACGGGACGUUUACAUCUUGUCAGAAACACAAACAAUGUGAAUCAGAGGGUCGAGAGCUGCUGAGAGCAGGAACUGAGACAGAGGACGCUCAGUGUGGAGAUAUACUAUCAGACAAGACUGGACUGAUAGUCGGUGUUGUUGUUGUUGUUGUUGUGAUGUUUUUAGUCUUUGUACUCGGAGUGUGUUAUUUCAAACGGAGGAAGAUUAGACAUCUAAGCCCAGGUAAGGUUUCCACUGUGACAAUGAAACAUGAUCAUGUUUAUUUUAUAGAUAUUAUGGUCUGUUUCUUCAUUUAUUUGUAAUGUUUUAUUCCAGGAAACAUACAAGAAACAGGACCCUCUUACCGGG